UGGUCUCUUGUACGUGCGAGAGCUUCAAAGACAUCCUUUUCCUCAUCCACAUUCUUCCAACCUCUCCUCUCUCUCUCUCUCUCUCACACACACACACACACACAACUGAAACUUCCUCAAGUAGCUAUAGCAAGUAAAAUUAACUGUUCUUAGCAUUCUCUUGAAGCAUAUACUUAUGAUGAUGCUAUAUAGUUAAUUAUUACCAACAAGGUGUGGUUGUUUAAGAGCUAAUUAAAGUAGCUAGUUAUAUAGGUUUGAAGUCAAUCCAUCUCGGGAUCCAUAUUCACCUUUCUCAGCUUUUUCCUCUCUCACUCUCUCAAGAAUAUCUGAAAAGUUUGAAGAAUAGAGAAAGCUAUAUAUAAGUAAGCACAGGAUCCAUGAGCUGAAGAGAUCAGAUCCAUUAAUUCCCUAUCAUAUAUUAUCCUUUUCAGUGUUUGGUGUGGUGGAAGAAAAUAUGUCCAAUUUGACGUCUGCAUCCAGUGAAAUAAGUGCUACUUCUGGAAUCAGGAAUAACAACGGUUCUUCUCUCUAUGCUCAAUAUUCCUCUACUUCAAUAAGUCAAGAACCAGAACCUAAAAAGAAGCGAAGUCUUCCAGGUCACCCAGACCCUGAGGCAGAAGUGAUAGCAUUGACUCCGAAGACCCUUUUGGCAACAAACAGGUUCGUUUGUGAGAUUUGCCAGAAAGGGUUCCAGAGAGACCAGAAUCUGCAGCUUCAUAGAAGAGGGCACAAUUUGCCAUGGAAGCUGAAGAAAAAGAGUAGCAAAAACGUGAGAAAGAAAGUGUAUGUGUGCCCAGAGGCAACAUGCGUUCACCAUGACCCUUCAAGGGCACUUGGGGACCUCACUGGAAUCAAGAAACACUUCUUCAGGAAACACGGAGAGAAGAAAUGGAAGUGUGACAAGUGCUUCAAACGCUACGCGGUUCAAUCAGAUUGGAAAGCCCACUCCAAAAUCUGUGGCACCAGAGAGUAUAAAUGCGACUGUGGUACCCUUUUCUCAAGAAGGGACAGCUUUAUCACUCACAGAGCCUUCUGUGAUGCCUUAGCACAGGAAAGUGGUAGAACAGUGAACCCUCUUCUAGAUCUAUCAACUCAAUUUCGUAGCCAUGGCCUUCAACUUCAAGCACCAUCAUCACUUCUGAUGAAAGGAGAACAUGAUCAUCACUUCAACUUAUUAAACCCAGAAAUUCCAUCAUGGUUAUUAAGUUCUCCAACAGUGGUAGUAGAAGAAGAAGCACUCCACAACAGUAGUCAAACCAUAAGAUCCACCUUAGAUAAUUUCUCCACAAUACCACAGUUAUUAUUCCCAACAGCACAACAUGUCAACAACUACCACUCCUCCUCAUUAGUCCACCAUGAUCAAAACCCUAACCCUAGUACUACUACAACAACAACAUCAUCAACCACUUUGCUUCCUUCUUUGAGUACUUCUUUCCAUUCUUCUUCUUCUUUUCCUCACAUGUCAGCCACUGCUUUGUUGCAAAAAGCCUCACAAAUAGGGGUAACAGUGAGUUGUAGUACUGCUGCACCUUCAUCACAAACGAUGAUGCUGGUUAGACCCCACUUGUUACUGCAUCAGCAGGUUCACGUGCCUGAAUGUUCAACAACAACAGCAAUUGCAACAACAGGAACUACUCUUGGGUAUAAUAAUAAUAAUAAUAAUAAUAAUAAUAAUAAUAUGGCUUCAUCUUCAGCCGUUUCUUCUGGAAUGUUUGUUAUGCCUUCACGUGAAGAAAUAGGGACUACUCUUGGGUUUGCUCGUGGCUUGGCAUCUUGAUCAGGGAAUAAAGCUGCAAUAUAAUAGCCUCUGAUUACUUGGAAGAAAGGUGCUGCUGCUGCCAACGUUGCAGAAGCUAUAUAUAUAUAUCAUCAUCAAGCAUCUUCUCUCUUUUCCAUGAUAUGAUGGCUAGCUAGUAGUAUAAUAGUACUGUGCCUUCUGCCAGUGGCUUAAUUUGUGGAGGCUAUAUAUGACUAUGAGUAUGAGGGAAAUGUUUAAUCCACCAAGAGAUAUGCAUAAUGUUAACUUUCAACUUUCAGGAACUUUGUUUCAAAAAAAAAAAAAAAAGGAGAAUAUAUAUCACAGAUUGCUGCUAAUACAAGCAACUAGGGCACAGCACUCUGCACUAGCUAGGUGAUCGACAAGCCAUGUUUAAAUUGUAGUAAUCCCAACUGUGCAUGAUUUCGCUUGAUAUGGCAGAACAUUAAUGCAAACAAUUAAACAAAUGCAGUUGAUAAAAGAUUUUUUUUUUAACUCA